AUGAAGAACAAUAAGCUAGUCCGGCAUUGUCAGGAAGAAAUAGUAAAGCAAGGGAGGGUUGUGUGUGGCUUAGAAUCUACCAAAGAGUUUCUUGAAGAGGAAGUCGUUUGUAUCACGUCCCUGAAGCACGAAGAGCCAAACAAAUGGUCACAUGAUCAGAAUAAGAAUGAAACGGAGAUCCACCAAGCCGGAGACCUAGAAGCUGCUUCUCAUGAUCAAGGAAACAGUUAUUCUUUGACAGAUGACAUGUUAAAUCAUAGUUUUGAGGUGAUGCACACUUCCCCUGAGUUGUUUUCACAAUCUCUUUCUCGUGCGAAAGGAGUUUGUCCUGACACGCCAGAUUUAUAUUCUUCUCCAAGAUUCUUGAAAGGCAAUUCCCGUUCUUGGUGUUCAAAACACUUAAGCGGAACGCCUGACCUAUUUUCAUCCCCAGGUUGCUCUCCCUGUAGGCAGGAAAUGAACUCGGUGUCAUCGUUUUCUUGUUCUAAUCAUUCGCUUCUCUCUUCUUCAUCAUCGCCACUUUGCUCGGUUGAACAGCCAGUCUCUUCUUCGGAUUCAAAUAGAAACAAACCUGAUGCUUCUUUAGUCAUAAACCAUCUCGAAUCUGAAAACUAGUUUUUCCAAGUUUACAGGCCAUUAGUUUGCAUUCAACACCCUACCAUUCAAACCAUCCUUCUAAACGUUUGCAUAGAACGUGGACGCCAGCCGAAGUUUCUCCGCGGAUGUUUUGCGGUUAUCGAGGACCUAGUCCAUCAUACAAUGAGCCGGAAGCCAGGGCAUUGGGAACUCCAGUUCUUUUCUCUCAAAUUUCAGCCAGCAGUGUGUAA